AUGGACGCGGCACUAGCGUUCGCGCGGGACAGCCCGCCGCUCUCCAUCAUCGCUGCUGCCAAGAUUGCCAGUGUUCCCCUGACCAUUGAUCCAAGCCUUGCUUCUGGUUCAGCGCCCACGCUGUACCUUGGUUCUGUUGACUUCAUCCAUGGUAUAAGCACAAUCCUUCGUUACAUUGCUCGUGUUGCAAUUGUUCCCAACUUCUAUGGUCAGGAUGCUAUUCAGGCGGCACAUAUUGAUCAAUGGCUUGAGUAUGCCCCGGUCAUUCCAUCAAGCUCUGAAUUUGAAGCCGCUUGCUCAUUUCUAGAUGGGUACUUGGCGUCUCGAACCUUCUUGGUUGGCCAUAGUCAAAUUGCUGACAUUGUGGUAUGGUCGAAUAUUGCAGGAACUGGUCAACGAUGGGAAAGUCUAAGAAGGUCUACAAAAUAUCAAAACCUUACUCGCUGGUUCAACUGCAUAGCUGUGGACUAUGCGAGUACACUAGAUGAUGUAAUAGUAGCUUAUGUUGGGAAGAGAGGGAUUGGGAAAUCACCUGCACCAAUCCUGAAAGAAAAGAUUCAUGAUCCAACUGAGAACACCCCAGGUCCUGAGAUAGAUCUGCCAGGUGCAAAAAUUGGGGAGGUUUGCCUUCGUUUUGCCCCAGAGCCUAGCGGGUAUCUUAUUGGUCAUGCGAAGGCUGGGCUGUUGAAUAAGUACUUUGCAGAUAGAUAUAAAGGUCGUCUAAUAGUUCGCUUUGAUGACACCAAUCCUUUGAAAGAAAGCAAUGAAUUUGUGGAGAACGUCCUGAGAGAUAUUGAUACAAUGGGAAUCAAAUACGACACAGUUACAUACACAUCAGAUUAUUUUCCAAAGCUAACGGAAAUGGCUGAAAGUUUGAUUAUGCAGGGUAAGGCAUAUGUUGAUGACACACCAAGGACACAAAUGGAAGUCGAGAGGAGGGCGGGUGUUGAAUCAACAUGUAGAAACAAUAUUGUUGAAGAAAAUCUAUCAUUGUGGAGAGAGAUGGUUAACGGAACUGAGAGUGGUAUGCAGUGUUGCUUACGGGGUAAGCUUGACAUACAGGACCCUAACAAGUCACUCCAUGAUCCGGUUUACUACCGUUGCAACACUGACCCUCAUCAUCGUGUUGGUUCAACAUACAAGGCCUACCCAACAUAUGAUUUUGCUUGCCCAUUUGUUGAUGCGUUGCAGGGAGUGACUCAUGCUCUUCGUUCAAGUGAAUACCAUGAUCGGACGCACAGUACUAUCGUAUACUUCAAGAUAUGGAACAAGAAGGUGGAUGACUGGACUGAUCCACGCUUCCCUACUAUUCAAGGCAUGGGUGCGUCAAAAAAUCUAAAUCUAAUGGAGGGGGAUAAACUCUGGACAAUCAAUAAGAAGAUGAUUGAUCCUGUGUGUGCAAGGCAUACCGCUCUGCUAAAAGACCAACAUGUGCUCUUCAGUCUUACCAAUGGUCCGGAGGAACCGUUCAUUCGAAUCUUACCAAGACAUAAGAAGUAUGAGGGUGCUGGAAACAAGAAUACAACCUUCACAAACAGAAUUUGGUUAGAGUAUGCUGAUGCAUCAGUCAUCACCACCGGUCAGGAAGUCACUCUGAUGGAUUGGGGAAACGCCAUCAUUAAAGAAAUCAAGACAGAGAAUGGAAUAAUUACUCAACUGGUUGGUGAACUCCAUCUUGAGGGAUCAGUGAAGUUGACCAAGUUGAAGCUAACUUGGCUGCCUGAUAUUGAAGGCCUUGUAUCUCUAUCUUUGGUUGAGUUUGACUACCUAAUUACAAAGAAAAAGUUGGAAGAAAAGGAUGACUUCGUUAACCAUCUUAAUCCUUGCACACGACGAGAAACUUCGGCUCUCGGAGACCCGGACACGCGGAAUCUCAAACAGGGAGAGAUCAUACAGCUUGAAAGGAAAGGGUACUACCGAUGUGAUGUUCCAUUUACUGGGCCGUCCCAACCCAUUGUUCUUUUCGCCAUACCAGAUGGCCGACAACAGUCCCCAGCAAACUAA